CAGAGGCCACAGAUACUGACAUUUGAAAAUCUGGAAUCCAGGGCAAAACCAGAUGCCAACAGGAGCAUGGAGUGUGCUGCCAGUACUUCAGGCGGCGUGGGAUUAUUAGGAAGUUUUCCUUAAAAAGGAAACGAACCUCCCGCGCAGCGCCCACCCGCGCCCUGGCCAGCCGGCCCGCAGGUGGCCCGCGCGCUCCAGGUGGGCUCGGUGGCCCUGCGCCGGGCCUGGUGUCAGAGAGGCGGCCGAGCCAUGUGACGCGGGCCAGCGGGAAGGGAUUGGCCGAGGCGGCGCAGGCGGUGCAGCGGGCCGGCUCCUGCCUCUGCCUCCCUCCCAGCAUCUUCCCGGAGCCCGGCUGCAGAGGCAUCCAUGGCCUGGCGAUCCGGGUAACUCCGUCUCCUUUGGGCCCAGCAGCACACGGGGCGGACCGGCGGCGGCAGCAGCGUGGCCAGGAGGUAGCCGGGACCUGCGAUCAAAUCCUCCUGGGCUUUUUCAGACUCCUCGGAAAUUAAGGAAUGCAAUUCCGCCACCAUGAUGGAAGGAUUGAAAAAGCGUACAAGGAAGGCCUUUGGAAUACGGAAGAAAGAGAAGGAUACUGACUCUACAGGUUCCCCCGAUCGAGAUGGAAUUCAGCCCGGCCCACACGAGCCACCCUACAGUAGCAAAGCAGAGUGCGCGCGCGAAGGAGCAAAAAAACCUUCGAAGAAAAGCAAUGGAGCACCGAAUGGAUUUUAUGCAGAAAUCGACUGGGAAAGAUAUAACUCGCCUGAGCUGGAUGAGGAAGGCUACAGCAUCAGACCCGAGGAACCCGGCUCUACCAAAGGAAAGCACUUCUACUCCUCGAGCGAGUCCGAAGAGGAGGAAGAGUCGCACCGGAAGUUCAACAUCAAGAUCAAGCCGCUGCAGUCCAAGGACAUUCUCAAGAAUGCGGCCACCGUGGAUGAGCUGAGAGCGUCCAUAGGGAACAUCGCGCUGUCCCCGUCCCCCGUGGGUGCAAUUAAAAGGAACUUAUCCAGUGAAGAAGUGGCGAGACCCAGGCGCUCCACACCAACUCCAGAACUCCUGAGCAAAAAGCCUCCAGACGACACUGCAGCCCUCGCGCCCCUCUUCGGCCCGCCACUAGAGUCAGCUUUUGAUGAGCAGAAGACAGAAGUUCUUUUAGAUCAACCUGAGAUAUGGGGUUCAGGCCAACCAAUUAAUCCGAGCCUGGAGUCACCCAAGCUAACAAGGCCUUUUCCCACUGGAACGCCUCCACCACUGCCUCCGAAAAACGUCCCAGCCACCCCACCUCGUACAGGAUCCCCCUUAACGGUUGGACCAGGAAAUGACCAGUCAGCCACAGAGGCCAAAACUGAAAACCUUCCAUCCAUCAAUGACUUGGACAGCAUUUUUGGCCCAGUGCUGUCCCCCAAGUCUGUUGCUGUUAACACUGAAGAGAAGUGGGUGCAGUUUUCUGAUGCAUCCCCAGAACAUGUCACUCCAGAGCUGACUCCAAGUGAAAAGCUGGCAUCCCUAGAGGCUACAUCAGACAACCCAGCAGACUCCCCAGCUCCAGGCUCUCCUGGCCCCCCAGGACCUCCGGCUCCCCCGGGGCCUGCCGGUCCUCCUCGAAAUGUACCGUCUCCACUCAAUUUAGAAGAAGUCCAGAAGAAAGUGGCUGAGCAGAGCUUCAUGAAAGAUGAUUACCUAGAAGCCAUCUCAUCUCCUAAGGACUUGGGGUUGGGGCAGAGAGCAACUCCACCUCCCCCACCACCACCCACCUACAGGACUGUGGUCUCGUCCCCUGGACCUGUCUCGGCCAGUGGUACCGGGACCGCCAGUGGUGCGUCUUCGCCUGCUCGGCCGGCCACCCCUUCGGUCCCUUGCAGUGGCAGCAGUACUCCACCACCACCUCCUCCCCGCCCUCCGUCUCGACCAAAGCUGCCUCCAGGGAAACCUGGAGUUGGAGAUGUGCCCAGACCCUUUAGCCCACCCAUACACUCUUCCAGCCCUCCUCCGAUAGCACCCUUAGCCCGGGCUGAAAGCACCUCUUCAAUAUCGUCAACCAACUCCCUGAGUGCAGCCACCACUCCCACAGUUGUGUCAGAAGAUGAUGUUUUUUAUGACAAACUGCCCUCGUUUGAAAGGCGCUGUGACACGCCUGCAGAGAAUGAACAGCCUUCCCUCGUUUGGUUUGACAGAGGAAAGUUUUAUUUGACUUUUGAAGGUUCAUCUCGGGGACCCAGCCCCCUAACCAUGGGGGCCCAGGACACCCUCCCUGUAGCAGCAGCUUUCACAGAAACCGUCAACGCCUACUUCAAAGCGGCGGACCCUAGCAAAUGCAUCGUGAAAAUCACUGGCGAGAUGGUGUUGUCCUUCCCUGCUGGCAUCACCAGACACUUUGCCAACAACCCAUCACCAGCUGCCCUGACUUUCCGGGUGGUCAAUUUCAGCAGGUUAGAGCACGUCCUGCCAAAUCCCCAACUUCUCUGCUGCGAUAACACCCAAAAUGAUGCCAACACCAAGGAAUUCUGGGUAAACAUGCCAAAUUUGAUGACUCACCUAAAGAAAGUAUCUGAACAAAAGCCCCAGGCUACCUACUAUAAUGUGGACAUGCUCAAAUACCAGGUGUCAGCACAGGGCAUUCAGUCCACGCCCCUGAACCUGGCAGUGAACUGGCGGUGUGAACCCGCUAGCACCGACCUGCGCAUCGACUACAAGUACAACUCGGACGCCAUGGCCACCGCCGUGGCCCUCAACAAUGUGCAGUUCCUGGUCCCUGUAGAUGGCGGCGUGACGAAGCUCCAGGCUGUGCUCCCGCCAGCUGUCUGGAAUGCUGAACAGCAAAGAAUAUUGUGGAAGAUCCCUGAUAUCUCUCAGAAGUCAGAAAACGGAGGGGUGGGUUCUCUAUUGGCAAGAUUUCAGUUAUCCGAAGGUCCAAGCAAACCUUCCCCCUUGGUAGUGCAGUUCACCAGCGAGGGAAGCACCCUUUCCGGUUGUGACAUCGAACUUGUGGGAGCAGGGUACCGAUUUUCACUCAUCAAGAAGAGGUUUGCUGCAGGAAAGUAUUUGGCAGAUAACUAAUAAAAUCUUCUGCAAGGAUUCGGAGGAGUCAGAGAAUGCAGAACUCCUGCGUGAGAAACAGGUUUUAAUUCUGGUCCAACGCGAACGAACUAGGAUCUGCGCUUGGGAGGAGUCCACCGGGGAGCCUGCAGCUUCGGGCAGCGCUGGCCUUCACGCGGUGCCGCGGUGACCAGUCCUACAGUAUUUACUUCUAGGUGUAAUAUUGUUAAUGGUUUUAAAAUGUAAUUAUUGUAUUUGUAAAUUGUACUCAUUCCAGUAAGGCAGUUAGACACUUGAGUUUUAGCAUUUUACUAUUCCUGAAACGGAUGUAAUUUAAACUGUGGUAUGUAAAUUCAAUAGUAGUACCGUCUGAUUGACACAAAGCUUCCUGCGGUACAGUGCAUUUUGUCAAUACAUAAGAUUUAAAUAUAAUGUUGAUAGCUGUCAGAAAGGGGGUGCCACAUAGAAAAAGCGCAGAUGGAACCAGGAAGAAAAAACUUGCUUUUCUUCAGUCGUUACUAUCUUUUACUCUAGUGCUAAAUAAAAAUUCAGUCUUCAAAUGUUUAGUGGGUUAAAUUCAGAAACUAUUUCAGAAAAAAAAAUUCUAAGGUUACAGCAUAUUCAAAGAAAAGCAUUAAGUACCACUUUUUAAAAAGCUUUUUUUUCAAACUGCAAAUUUCAUAAAAACGCAAACUGUAAACAGGGCCUCUUAUUUUUAUAACUUAUGUAAAAAGGGAAAGCAAUUCAUAUUAAAAUUUAAGUAUAUUAAAUUAUAAUCAAGAGUAAAGACGAUGGUGAGUCUUAACUGCUUCCCCCACACACACAGUUUAGCAAAUGCGGAGCUUGCUGAGUGGCCAGUGAGGCUAACCCCAAAAUUGCGAGUUUAAGAUUUCAAGGCUUUCCAGAAUAGAGCUGGUUAACAACUUUACGCCAUUCCUCUGAACAGACAGCCUCUCCCCUCCUGCACUGGGCAGUGAUGCCCCAAGUCUUCCUCUUUACCCACAGGAAUAAAAAAAAAAAUACCAAGAAUGAGAAUCUUAGGGGGGAAAAGGACUUCUUAGUUUCCUGUUUAGAUCCAGGAGAAUUUUAAUUGUCACCGUUUGUAUCGUUGAGGAAGGAACACAUACAAUUUAAAAUUGAAAUUCUAUUCACGUUAUUGUGCAAUAAAUAUCCUGUUGGAUAAUUAAGAUUCGAUUGUAUAAAAUGCCAAUCUCCUGUCAUUCUUGGGGAACUGAGAAAAGAGUUACCCGAGCCACUGUGCUGUUGCAGGACGCAGGAGGAAGGGCCAGGCUUCAUCUGGGAUCGGAGGGAGAAGCCAGCAGCUGCGGCUGCGAGCCUCCCACACCGCCAUCGGAAAGCGUUGGUCUUCCUUUGAGUCACAGAGCUUACUUUAAACACAGCCGGUUCCCCUUCUCGAUUAUUCUGUUAAGUAACUGAAGUUAAGCUGUCACAUUGAUCAUUUGUUGGUAAGUUGCAUCUUCUAUUCACCCAAAUUAGACAAAGAAUCUUUAGCUCAUUUAAAUUUUGGAAUCAAGUUAAAUUUUUUAAGCCUUACUUUUCCAAUGAGAUUGCGACCAGCAAUUGUUUGUAGCAGAACUUUUUAAAUUAAUAUUUGUAACCUUUAGUCAGGACCACCAAGAGUAUAUGCGAAAAGGUAGAUUUUACCUCCAAGGAAUUCUUAGGAUUUAAACUCUCGGUUGGCUCCCCACGGCACUCGGGUGCUAAAGUUUUUCAACAAAUUGAAUAAUAUACUCAUUCUAAGUAAAGAUAUCCAAUUUGGUUUUGAAACCAAAAUAGAAAAUUGCAAAAACACAAAUUGACAUCCCAUAAAGCCUACAGAAAUUUAGAACACAAAAACAAGUAAAGGGUAAGCAGCGGAAAACAGAAUUAUCCAGCAUAUGAUAUAAAUGUGUUUUUAAGUAAUCAGUUCAUGAAAAACAUAUUGAAUACUAACAAGGCAUAUUAAAAAUGUGUAAAUAUUA